AUGGGUCAAGCCACUCAUGCCUCCCAGUUGGAUAUAGAGCGUCUUGAGAAGACAUUUGGAAUUGCAUGGAUUUUGGUAAAGCUUCACGACGCGACAGCUUCAGACAGUGUUUUGGAAUCAAAAAUAUUUUUCAGCACUUCUGAAUACGCACAAGUGCCGCGACGUGCGACAGAUCUCUUCCUACCGCUAGUCCAGCAAUUACUACAAGAGUGGAACCUUACUCUUCACGCAGCGGAAAACCGUUUAGAAAUGAAGCGUACGGAGCUGCUGAUGGCGAAUGGGAAAAAUCCGCGCCUAAUCCGAGACUUGUUGGGCGAUGCCCAGCUGUGGGACCUGCUGAGAAAGAGUUGUAAACAGCAAAUAAAUGACUUGGUGGCACUUCAAACCAGCUACUACAUGAGUGAAUCAUGGGCUAUGCUUCGCGAGAACAAAUCUACGGAACUUAAUGGAUUGAAGGAAGAAGGGGCGUCCUUUCGGAAAGAAAUAGACGGUCUAGAACAGGAAUUCAAUUUGACCUCAAUCGGGGAAGCACAAAAAUCAACAUCGACGAAUAAGAGCAUGAAACGGCUAAGUUGGAUUACGAGUCUCUUUGGAAUGAACAUUGAUGUCUUGGCAAAUAAUCCUCCCUGGUGGCUUUACAUUCCAUUUGCCGUGGUCACCACAUUUUUCACUCUUGCCGUGUGGUUAAUUUUCAAAUACAACGUUGAUUUGGAGGAAAAUAUAGAUCUCGGUUUUAAACGUCUACUUAAGGCGCCAGCCCUCGGCAAGUCUUUGACAAAGGCUAGCACUGACGACCCUUCGCACGGCAACGAACCACAAGUUUGA